GAAUGUCGUCAUCAGUUAUCCUCCUUUGCUGCCUACUAGGCGUUGCCAUAGCAACCCCUUACUAUGGCGGAUGGAAUGACUGGGAUGACGAUGAUUAUUACAGAGGAGGAUACAUUGGCUUCCGGGGCCCAUACGGGGGUAGGGGAAUAAUUGGUGGGUACGGAUACGGUAUGAAUGGGUACGGUAGAGGAGCCAUUGGUGGCGCCUAUUAUAAUCCAUACUCAGGACGUGGAGGAAUUGGAGGUUUCCGUUACGGAUAUGGCAGUGCUGGUUAUCCAUACGGUGGCGGAUACGGGGGAGGAUAUGGCGGGAUCGGAGGCGGAUACGGAGGAUACGGUGGUAUCGGGGGAGGGUAUGGUGGUAUCGGAGGUGGAUACGGUGGUAUCGGAAGUGGAUAUGGAGGAAUGGGAUAUGGAGGAUACGGUGGAUACGGACCAUCCUAUGGAUAUUCUGGAAUUAGAGGAGGAAGAGGCUACCGAGGAGGUAUUGGUGGAUAUCCCAGUAUUCGUGGAGGUAUUGGCGGAUAUCCCAAUUACAGACCUAACUAUGGCUACAAAGGAAAGAAGAAUGUGUACUAAUUACUCUGACAUACUAAUAUACAAGGCACGUAUUUAUUUAUUUAUGAAC